AUGGCCAUCGCGAACGACGCAUGCGCAGUGGCAACGGUGGCAACAGCCUUUUUACUUGAUCCAACCCCUUUGGCUCGGACCGCCGGUAAUUUAAAUGAAGGGUACCCUGAGCAGGAAGCCCUCGGUAUGAGCAAUUACGCGCCAGAAGGCAGGGAGUCCCAGCUGACCAGACGGAACCUCGUUUCAUCUGAAGCUACGGAACAUCACUUCCGCUCCAAGGUCUUCUCCGAUGUGAAGAAACACGCACAUAGAACCCAACAUGAUAUCACCUGGGUGGAGCAUUCACAGAGGAAACUUAUGAGAGAGAAACAUAUGAUAAACACUAAGCCUAACGGGCAGGAAGCCGCGACAUGCGAGCCUGAUGGAGAAUAG